AUGUCGGGGAACAUCGUGGACAGGGACCUGCUAGAGGCAGAGCGUGCAGCCUCUCCUCAACGCUACCAGCGACGAGACAGUGCUGAGAUCGAGCGAGUCAUCUCUGCUUCUACCGUCUCAUCAUCAUCAUCCGAGAACUCAGCCCGUCGACGAAGCCGCUCCAUCGGCCAACACAACAGCAUCAGCCGCAUCUCAACACAAAACGACCUCGAGCACCACCCUACCGAACUCAGCCGUAUCCAAACCGCCCGCAGCCAGCACAAUGCCACCGUCGGAGGCAGCCUGCGCUCGCGCACUGCUUCGCGCGCAUCCAGGAAGCCUCUCCCCAACUUUGGAGCUGGAAAGCCUUAUCCCCCUCCCUUGCCUGAGCAGGAGCAGUAUGUCGUCGAGUUUGACGGACCCAAUGAUCCUCUGCACUCGCAGAAUUGGCCAUUGAAGAAGAAGCUCAUUACUGCUGCUGUUUUGGGUUUCACCACCAUGACCGCUGCUUUCACAUCCUCCAUCUUCUCUGCUGCUACUAUGGUUGUCGCUGCCGACUACGGCGUGGACAACGAGGUUGGCUUGCUUGGAACUACCUUCUACGUUCUUGGUUUUGCUUUCGGCCCUUCACUUUGGGCUCCUCUGUCUGAGUUAAAAGGGCGUCGCCUGCCGAUUCUUAUCUCUAUCUUUGGUUUCUCCCUCUUCUCAAUCGCAUGCGCUACUGGAAAGGAUAUCCAGACUAUUCUGCUCUGUCGAUUCUUCAGUGGUUUCUUUGGUGCCUGUCCUCUUGCUGUCGUUGCAGCUGUCUUUUCCGACAUGUUCGACAACCGUACUCGAGGUACUGCUAUCACUGUCUUCUCAAUGUCUGUUUUCAGUGGACCUCUUUUGGCUCCUUUCAUCGGUGGUUUCAUUGUUGAGUCUCACCUCGGCUGGCGCUGGACCGAGUAUCUUGCUUCCAUCAUGGGUUUCACUGCUCUUAUCCUCGAUCUCAUCUUUUUGGAGGAGACUUAUCCUCCAGUCAUUCUUAUCGCCAAGGCGGCUGAUCUGCGUCGUCGCACCAAGAACUGGGGAAUCCACGCCAAGCAGGAGGAAAUCGAGGUUGACUUUAAGGAGCUUGUCAAGAAGAACUUUUCUCGACCUCUGCGUCUGCUCUUUACUGAGCCCAUUAUCCUUCUGCUCUCCAUCUACAUGAGUUUCAUCUACGGAAUUCUUUACCUUUUCCUUACCGCCUAUCCUCUCGUCUUUGUUGGCGUUCACGGCUUCAGCUCUGGUCAAUCCGGUCUUUGCUUCUUUGGCAUGAUCAUCGGCCAGCUCAUUGCUGGCGCUACAGUCAUUGCUCAGCAGCCCUGGUACAUUCGCAAGCUUGCCGCCAACAACGGCAUUCCCAUUCCCGAAUGGCGACUUCCCAAUGUCAUGGCUGGUGGUGUCUCCUUUGCCAUUGGUAUCUUCUGGUUCGGAUGGACUGGAUACACCAACAAAAUCCACUGGAUUGUUCCUGCUCUGAGUGGCCUCUUCACCGGCUUCGGUCUCAUGUCCAUCUUUCUCCAGGCUCUCAACUACCUUGUUGACGCUUAUCUCAUGUUUGCCGCCUCUGCCAUUGCCGGAAACACCUUCCUCCGAUCCCUUUGCGGUGCUGGUUUCCCUCUGUUUGCUCGUCAAAUGUUUGACGGCUUGGGUAUUCAAUAUGCCGCCACCCUUCUUGGUUGCGUCGCCGUCGUUCUUGCGCCCAUUCCAUUCGUCUUCUACAAGUACGGUGCCAAGAUUCGCCAGAAGAGCAAGUACGCUCCCACGGCUCCCCCUGCACCUGUAUCCGGUUCUUCCACUGAGGAGGAGGAGAAAGAGACUGCGAACGAUACUGCUUUGGCGGCUGUCAGAUCCCGACGAGACAGUAUCACAAGUGCCAACAGGAAAGAAACCGCAUAA